AUGCCGCCGCCCGCGCCACCGCGCGAUGAGAGGGCCGAAGAUGCGCAGGACGUCGACGAGACAAGCCAGGAGAAUGGCACCCUGCCCCCAGCCGCCACUGUGGCGGGCGCAAGCCAGUCGCCUGCUCAAUCCCUAGAUCCCCAAGGGCCGACACCAGGAUCGGCACAGCCGCCACCUUCAGCUUCUCUUCCGGCCCAAGACAUACCCACCGCGGGUGCGCCAGAUCAGGCUCCUCUCUAUGGCCAAGCGUACUUUGUUCCACCACCUCAGAGUUCCCAGUAUACGCCGUCGCAGUCCCCGGCACACGCACAGCAGGCCGGCUUACCGGCACCUCCACCGCCACUACCACCAGCACCAUCGCCGCACUUCCAGUAUGGCCCUCCGCCCUCCACCGGGCCGGCCACUGCUGUCCCUAGCUUCGCGCCCAUGUCCGUACCGCCGCCGCCUCCCGCGGACAUGGCCCCUCUUCCUCCCGCCGCGGCGCCUGCUUCUCCCUUGCCCGCGAGCUUCCCGCCGCGGCGCCGCGGCCCGCGCCUGGACCUGUUCCCGGACCUGCCGCGCCUGCGCGCCCUGGGCACGGAGCUGGGCCGGUCGCGGCCCGACAACGGCCGCAUGUCGGGCGAGAUGCGCGCCGCGAUCCUGGCCGCCGUCGCCGCGGGCCUGCCCAAGUCGGUCGUGGCCGAGUGCUUCAACGUCGGGCGGCGCACGGUCAACAUCACGCUGAACCGCUUCGCGCACCAGGGCUCCAACCGCGAUAAGCCGCGGUCCGGCCGCCCGCGCAAGCUGAGCGACGCCACGGAGCGGGCCAUCGCCGGCGCCGGCAUGGAGAUGAGCGCCACGGCGCUGGCGAGGGACUAUGGCGUGUCGGUGCGCACGAUCAAGCGGAUCCGGAGGGACUACGAGGUCGAGGCUGGCGGGAGGCCGCCGCGGAGGCCGGACGGGGCCGAGGGCCCGCCGGGAGGGCCUGGGGGAACUGGCUCUGGGGAUGUGUCUGGGGGAGGAGCUGCUGGAGCGGCCAGUGCAGCGGCCGGGGACAGUGGGUCUGAGUCGUCUGCGUCGCCUAUGGUUGAGGAUGAGGUUGAUGAGGUUAUACCCGACGUGCAGAGCUUGGCUCAGCACUAA